AUGACAAUAGUCGCCUUAUUGGUGUCAUUGCUUCUCAUUUUUAUCGGGGAAUCAUUAGGAGAAACAACAUGCCGUUUACAUAUAUUGGAUGAUGCCGGAGCGGAAAUGACGACGGGGGAGCAGCUGUUCUACUUCCUGUUUUUUCCGUACACGGAACCGGAGAAAGUCGUGUAUCAAAUAUGUGACACGCCGCCAUCAAACCACUGGCUGUUUUACUGGAACAUUCCGAUCGAGAGUCUGUCAACAAUUAUAGCCGCCGCAGCAACCAGCAUUCGAUUUGAUAUCGGUUUACCGACGCCUGCCGCCGCAGUGUUUUUUUACAACCUGUUCUUCGCCGCCGCUGCCUACUUCACUAUCCGGAAGGCGAUGCGUUACCCUCGGAAGACCCAAUAUAAAGCAAAAUGUGGACAUUCAGGACGAAGGAAAUUUAAAUAUCGGAAUGAGGACGAAAAGCGAGACAAACUAAGGUUUUUAAAAGCUCAGAAAACAAAGUCUGGAAAUCUUCCCAUGCUAAUGCAUCAAUAUAAAAUAAAACACGGCUCCAAAAUCUUAGGGAAGUUAGAGGUGAAUAGCCAAACACACGCUCCAUACAAACAUCAUUCGGUGUUCUCCAGACUUAGUGUGAAGUAUUCUGGAGUUAAGGUAGCGAGAACCAUACUCAGGGAUCUGCUGGAUGGUGGAGCGCUUCGUCAAAGGAAACGUGUUUUACAAAAUAAAAGAGAAAAUAGCUUCAAGGAAGUCAGAGAUGAAACACUUCAAACGUUGCUAAAGCGGAAGUACGAUGAAGAUGAAAAUCAAACUUUGCCAGAAAUGUCACCGGAAGUAGGAAACGGUGGAGGAGGAGGGGACUCUGUUGAAGGGACCAACAUACAUUUCGGUCGUCCGUGCGCUAGUUCUAGCUUCAUAUCCACGUUUGGUAACGGGACAGUGGCGCCAUCCGAGGUCAACAGUGACGAAGAAGACAUUAUUGAUGGUAAUGGAAACUUGUUUAAAGGCAGUUCCUACUUUCAGAGGAUUGCAGAUCACGGAAAUGAGCCAGAGGAGAGCUUCCCUGGACACGGCAAGUCCAAGGGAAACAGUAGGACACAUCAGACCUGUAGAAGCGUGACGCCUAAUUAUCCUAGCUACCUUACGAAUACUCCUAAUGACAGUUUUUUGUCAUCGUUUGAGGCUGGGGCUGAUCGGAGCAUGACAAAUGACGAUUCCAGGGGCGAAAGCGCCUUGACGUCGUCAAUGAUGGAGAGCUUUGUUAGUGUAUCGGAUAGUUUACAGAAGACCUCCACGUGGUACGGACGUGAUGACAUGGAAGUGACCCUGUUCCAGUGGCUAUCAGCUGUCACGGUCACCAGGAGACUGACACAGAAAGCAUGGACGUUUCUGUUUGGAAAUUCGGGUCAAAAUUCUUUAUCCACCUUUCCGGAGUCCCAGGCUGCGCCCCAAACCCAAGCGUCGGCAUCACCGCCGCCAUUCCCGUCACCGCCACAUCGAUAUCAAUCUGAUUUUGAGUCCGACUUACCUCAAUAUGAGAUGGUGGACUGA